AUGAGCUUCCAGGUGACAGGCCUGGGCCUGGACAAGAUGAAGCUGGACAGUCCCCAGUCCUUCCUGGACCUGGAGGAGGUGGAGGAGGCUGAGGGCCGGCAGCUGCUGGAGCCAGAGGCUUGGAGGACCUACACCGCCCGCCGCAAUGCGCUGCGCGAGUUCCUGACCUCCGACCUGAGCCCCCACCUGCUGAAGCGCCACCACGCCCGCGUGGAGCUGCUCAGGAAAUGCUCCUACCACAUCGAGAUCCUCCCCAAGCACCUGGCCCUGGGCGACCAGAACCCGCUGGUGCUGCCCAGCACCAUGUUCCAGCUCGUCGACCCCUGGAAGUUCCAGCGCAUGAAGAAGGUGGGCACCGCACAGACCAAGAUCCAGCUCCUGCUGCUCGGGCACCUGCUGGAGCAGCUGGACCAAGGCCGCGCCCAGCUGGACUCCCUGCUGGAGUCGCCCGACCCGCGGCCCUUCCUGGCGGGCUGGGCGCUGGUGGAGCAGCGGCUGGCGGACCUGUCGGCCGUCAUGGACAACUUCCUGGCCAUGAUGGUGCCGGGCCGGCUGCACAUCAAGCACCGCCUGGUGUCCGACGUGGGCGCCACCAAGAUCCCGCACAUCCGGCUCAUGCUCAGCACCAAGAUGCCCGUCAUGUUCGACCGCAAGGAGUCAGUGGCCCACCAGGACUGGGUCGCCCUGCGCUGGUUUGUCACCACCCAGCCGGGGGUGCCCGAACAGUUCGAGCUGCGCUUCAAGCUGCUGGACCCUAGGACACAGCAGGAGUACCUGCAGCGUGGCAUCAUCCCCGUGGCCGCCUGCACCUUUGACGUCCACAACCUGCUGCCCAACCGUGUCUACAAGUUCACCGUCAAGAGGGCGGAGAGCUACACGCUGGUGUACGAGUCCUGGCGGGACAGCCUCACCCUGCAGACCAGGCCCGGACCCCCUGAAGGGCCCACCCCCAGUCGGCUAGGCAAGCCAGGCCGCCCCUGA